CAGAGGAUGCGACGGGGCUGGAAGAUGGCUCUGUCCGGGGGGCUGCGGUGCUGCCGCCGCAUGCUGGCUUGGGUGCCCGUGCUCGUCAUCGUGCUCGUUGUGCUUUGGUCCUACUACGCCUAUGUCUUCGAGCUGUGCGUGGUGACUGUGGCCAACACAGUAGAAAAAGUCAUCUACCUCACAGUGUACCAUGCCCUCUUUGUUUUCUUCAUCUGGACCUACUGGAAAUCCAUCUUCACUCUCCCACAUCAGCCACACCAGAAGUUCUUCAUGUCCUACGGAGACAAGGAACGCUAUGAAAAUGAAGAAAGACCUGAGGUUCAGAAGCAAAUGCUUCUCGACAUAGCCAAGAAGUUGCCUGUGUAUACAAGGACUGGGAAUGGAGCGGUACGAUUCUGUGACCGGUGCCAUCUGAUCAAGCCUGAUCGCUGCCACCACUGCUCUGUCUGUGCCAUGUGUGUCUUGAAAAUGGACCAUCACUGUCCUUGGGUGAAUAACUGCAUUGGAUUUUCCAACUACAAAUUCUUCCUUCAGUUCUUGGCCUACUCUGUUCUCUACUGCCUCUACAUUGCUGCCACUGUUUUCCAGUACUUCAUCAAGUACUGGGUGGGUGACCUGCCUAAUACACGCUCCAAGUUCCACGUCCUCUUCCUCCUCUUUGUGGCUUGCAUGUUUUUCGUCAGUCUGAUGAUUCUCUUUGGCUACCAUUGCUGGCUUCUCAGCAGAAACAAAACAACUUUGGAGGCCUUCUCUGCUCCAGUGUUUCUGAGUGGCCCUGACAAAAAUGGGUUCAACCUUGGCUUCAUCAAAAACUUUCAGCAAGUGUUUGGUGAGAACAAGCGGCUGUGGUUACUCCCCAUCGGGUCCAGCCCAGGUGAUGGACAUUCCUUCCCAAUGAGAUCCAUGAACGAAUCCCAGAAUCCACUGCUGGCCAACGAAGAGCACUGGGAGGAUAACGAGGAGGAUGGCCGAGAUUUCCCGGAAAGCUCAUCAUCGCUUACCAUUGAAAUGGAGACAUAGCACUUUCCCCAUCUCCUGCUUGUAUCCACUAGGUCCCCAUCACCUCUCCUUCCUAUGAGGCUGGCAGAGUUCAAGAUCUGGAGAUGCCCAGUGUUCAAAACGACACCACGGUGGAGUAUGAUUGGAUCCCAACCCUCACAAUCUGGAAAUACCCCAUCCCAUGCCUGAUGUGCCGAUUUUUCAGGGCUUUCCAAGUCCCCUUUCCAUGUAGUGACUCCACUAGGCAGGUUGAUGGCCACUGGUCCAGGCCAAUCCACCCUCUCCUCUUUCUCCUUUGUUCCCAAUCAGUGAGGGCCUUAAUGCAACACUGGGCUUCUUUCCAUUUGCUCUGGCACGCCCCUUGACCUGGGAAGCCCAGGAAGCCCCUGCAUUGUGGUGUGCGAGGGGCAUUUGAGUAUGUGUGCUGCAUGCGCCUCUGUGUGUGUGUGUGUGUGCGCGCGCGCUCGCAUUUAUACAGAUGCAAAAGUACAUGUAUGGAUGCAGGCUGUGUACAUAAACUGGCAUUAAGGUGAAUGGCUGAUCACGGGAAGAACCAAGAUUCAGAACCAAGGCUGGAGCAUUGCUUGGAGCCUCUGUGGAGACACAAGCUGCCCCGUCCCCCCACCCCCACCCCAAAUUGGCUGACCUCUUGAGACCAGGCAGGACCUUCCAUUUUCUGAAAGAGCUUUGCAUGCUGAAAAGGCCUAGGGAGCUGAAGCACUAUGGGAAACCUCCCCCAGCCUAUUUUCUCUCCUCAGCCCCAGGGCCUCAGUCUGAGUCUGGCCCCCCAAAUCUAAUUCCAGCUCAAAUCCUUCCCUCCAAAGAGGCAGCACUCUCACCAACCCGCAGCUGCUCAGCAGGGGAGGACUUGAGCCCUAUCCCACAACAGGCCUAAGAGAAAAGAUAACACUAUCCCAACUAUAAAGGACCAUAAACUUCAUCUUGUCUACAUGCACACUACCCCCACCUCCCAUCAAAGCAGAGGAAACUGAAGCCUUGAAAAGAGAACAGAUUUGCCUAUCCAAGUCACAUAGCAGAUGCAGGAUUUGAACCCAGGGCCUUGGACUCCCAGUCUAGUGUGCUUUCUUCUACACCCUGUUGGUAAAGGAGCUAACAGAUAAGCUCAGAGCAGAUUCAGGGCAACAAGUGUCAGAUACUCAACCCUCCCCCCCAAAAAAAAUGUUUCCCUCCUCCCUAACACAUUUCCCUCCCCGCCAACACAUUUCCCUUCCCCAACAUGUUUCUUUCCCCCAACACAUUUUCCUCCCCCCAAUAUGUUUCUCUCCUCCCCAACAUGUCUCCCUCCCCCCACACGUUU